AUGAAGGGAGAAGAUACCAAUUUAGACUUAAUGCCUUCAAGGAAGAAGAAUAAAGGACCCGGUAAGAUGUGUGACAAGCUGAACUUAAACAAGACGACUUUGAGAAAAUCCCAGAAACGGAAUCUGAAGAAGUUGGAGGAAGAGAUCAAGGAGAAAGAGCUCCUCUCUGCCAAAACCUCAGAGUUCAAGUAUAAACUAUCUGCAGAUGUGUCUUCGCUUUUACAAUCUUCAAAAGCUAUUGGAAGAUCUGAUACUAAGCUGGAGAAACGUAGAAGAACAAUACAACUCUCUAAAAUUGGUGUUGUGUCUGAGCAUUCUGAUGAACCAGUCAUGGACAAUGAUUCUUGCAUGGACGAGCCUACCACACCUGAACCUGCUGAAAAUGUUGAUAUCCCGAGUCUUCAAACUGAUUCUGAGCAGUUUGUUAAUGCAAAUGAACUUGAUUCUAAAGUGAUGAUUCCUGCUGAAGAGGCCUGUGAAGAAGAUGAACCUGUAGUGGAUAUGAAUCUACUGACAACUGGUCGUGAUGAUGAUGUAGAUGAAGAAGGCUUACGAAGAAUGUUUCUUUAUGAAACCGGUUUUGGUUCAAAGAAACUCAGCUCUCGAAGCGGGGUUAUCGGUAUCACACAACCAUGUCGUGUGGCUGUCCUCGCUACUGCCAAGAGAGUGGUGCAUGAACUUAGUGUUGGUCUCGGUCAAGACGUCGGGUUUAAGGUUAGGUGUGACAAAAAUAUAGGCGAGAACGCAGCUAUCAAGUCUAUGACCGAUGGGAUUUUACUCCAUGAAAUUCAGAAUGAUUUCUUAUUGAGGCGUUACUCUGUGAUAAUUCUCGUUGAAACUCAUGAAAGAAGCUUCAACACAGACAUUCUAAUUUGGAUGCUUACUGGAGUCAUCAAAAUCUGGAGGCACAAUAAACGGAACAUCUCGCCGCCUAAAUCGAUGAGUGAAACUUUGCGAGUGGAAGGUUUUGUAUCAGAGAGAAAGGUUGUUCCCUAA